AUGGCCGAGCCGAUUGACGAGUUUGCCGAAGAUGCGGAUCCGGUCAUCAUCCAAACGUCGACCAGCCCCGAAGUAGGACAUGUCUGGACAUGGGCACCGCUGUGCAGCCGUCCGUGUGCGUUUGGACCAGAGGACUUUUCCGCGGUGAUGGACAAUCUGAUUUACAAUCCGAACCAGCUCUCCUCAUGGCUGUUCCGUGCCGACAUUGUGUAUGAAAGCGGCAAAGACAUGGGCUCCGUCUCGCCAGCACCACUGCCUGUUUUUGCCGGCUUCAAACUGGCUCGCGAGAGGGUCAUUGUACGGCGAAUGAUCCCGCGCAACACGCUCCGUGACAAACCCAUGCUGCAGACAUGCCUCUUCUAUGAGAGUGCUGAGGCACACGAUGUCGACGACACGGAUAGCACGUCACACAUUGGCAGCGGCGACGAGCCAGUCCGAUCAUCCUUGGUCAUCUACCUGCCCCAUGUGGACUGUGCCGCCGAGAUGCCGUUCUACCAUCCCAUGGUCCAGGGCGUUGCAUUUCUGCACCAAUGGCAGUCGAUGGCCAGCACUGGGACCCUGUCAAUGCAUUUUUCAUUUUUCCCACCCGCUGCGAUCCAGCCGGGUCUGGAAAAGAAGGGCAGCCAUGCGAUUCUGGCCCGUGUGGCCCUGAACCUCCUCAACACCGUUCACAAGCAUGGCCAUGGCAAGGCCAGUGGCUACGUCAAGCGCGUGCAUCAUGAUCGUUUGGUGACGCAGGCUCGUGUGCAGGACCGCUACACCUACCUCAAGGAGAAACAUGCGCGCCGACUGGUCGACUCUUGGCAGGAGACUACCGAUCCAGCUAAGCACGUGUUCGAGGAUCUGGCCAUUUCCGCGUUCCUGAUGGAGCUGUGGGCCGACAUGUACGGCGACGACAGCACCGACGACACGACGACAGCCGCAACGGCGACGGUUCCGGCCAAAUUCCCUGGCUUUGUCGACAUUGGUUGCGGCAACGGACUGCUGGUGCAUCUUCUGAACGAGGAGGGAUACCACGGCUGGGGGUUUGAUGCCCGCCAGCGCCGCUCGUGGAAACAGUAUGGAAACGACGGUAAGAUAACGACAGAUGCAGAGCUCCCGCUACAGCAAGCUCUCCUUCUGCCCACCUUUCUUAUCAAGCACGACAAAGACGCGCCCGUCGACGAUGUCUUGGCCACACACAACGGCACGUUUCCGCGCGGCACAUUCAUCAUCGCCAACCACGCCGACGAGCUGACGGCCUGGGCCCCUGUUCUGGCCGCGCUGUCGGACUGCCCCUUUCUGGCCAUUCCCUGCUGUAGCCACAACUUUACUGGCGGAAAGUUCCGGGCACCACCACCCUCGGCAGAGAAGCAGGCGUUCCUGUCAGCCGUGUCUUUGGAUGCGUCUUCCUCGUCCACCUACGCAUCGUUUGUGUCCUGGGUCAUGGACGUCGCGGAGGACUGCUCGUGGGAGGUGGAGCGCGAGAUGUUGCGCAUCCCCAGCACACGCAACGUCGGGCUGCUAGGGCGUCGACGGCGCCGCGUAUCCGACAGAGACAGCCGUCCCUUUACUGUAGACCAGGCCUGGGAGGUCAUCAACAAGUAUGGCGGUGCAUACGGUUUUGCCGACAACGUAGCCAAGCUAUCUGUAGAGGGGAAGCAGGCGUCUCAUUAG